CUUCUCUCCAACUCUGCCUUCUUAAGAAAUAAAUCUUGAAAAAUACGUGUUUAUUUGAAAGGUAGAGAGGGAGAGGCAGGCAGAGAACUUUUUCGUCUUCUUGUUCACUAACCAAAUGGCAGCACCAGCUCGGUCUGGACCAGUCUGAAUCCAGAAACCUGGGACUCCAUGUUGGUCUCCCACAGAGUCCUAGGUCCUCAAGCAUUAGGGUCUUCAUCUCCUGCCUUCCCAGGAGGGAACAAAAGUGGAGCUUUUACAAUGUUGCCCUGUAAGAAGAGAAGAAGUACGGUGCCAGAGUCCCCACAGCAUAAGGGCCAGCAGGAGGAGGUCGAUGUAGACUUAGAAUCUGCUGUUAACCUCGACUCUGCCCAGGUGAGAGAGCUGCAGUCCGUGUCGCUGUGCUGGGGCCCGAGUCCUGACAGAAGAGCUGGCCCUGAAGUAGCGUGUGUGCAGGAUGCAGGGCGGCAGGCUGCUGCCGAGGACACACCUUUGAGUGCAAGGACGCUCACCCAGGACACACAUUUUCCAGUCCUAGACGGUGUUGAUGUGGACAUGGCUCAGGGAAUCACCCUGCCUGCCUUGGAGUCCUCCCCUUCCCUUGACAUGCACAUGGGUAAAGGAAAAUUCCAGGCCACCGGCUCAAGGAGAUGGAAGAAAAUGACACCCAGGCCUGCACCAGGUACCCAAGAAGACAGAGGUGACCAUCUCAGCAAGAAGGAGCCUGUUUCAGGAGCUUGCAGUGAAGAAGUCAGGGAAGAAAGAGGCAGCGUGAUAGAGAAUGAGAGAGAGACAGAGAGAUCUUCCAUCUGCUUGUUCACUUCCCAGAUAUCCACAACGACCAUGGCUGGGCCAGGCGGAGGCCAAGAGCCAAGAAGCCAUCCAGGUGUCGCACACAUGUGGCAGGCCAAAGUCUGCUGCUUUCCAGAAAAGGAAGCGGAAGAGCUGUUUGAAACUUUCCAAGAUGAGAUGGGAUUCUCCAACAUGGAAGAUGACGGCCCAGAGGAAGAGGAGCACGUGGCUGAGUCUCGGCCUAACUUUAACACCCCUCAAGCCUUACGGUUUGAGGAACCACUGGCCAACUUGCUAAAUGAACAACAUCGGACUGUGAAGGAGCUCCUCGAACAGCUGAAGAUGAAGAAAUCUUCAGCUAAGCCGCAGCAGGAGGUAGAGAGGGUCAAGCCUCGGGCUGAGAAAGUUCCUCAGACUCUGAUUCUGGACCCAGCACAGAGGAAGAGGCUGCAGCAGCAGAUGCAGCAGCAUGUUCAGCUCUUGACGCAAAUCCACCUUCUUGCCGCCUCCAACCUCAAUCUCAGUUCAGAGGCCAGUACCACCAAGAUAUUUCUUAAAGAGCUGGGAAUGUUUGCUCAGAGCUCCGUCGCCCUUCACCAUCAGUUCAACCCCAAGUUUCAAACCUUGUUCCAACCCUGUAAUUUGAUGGGAGCUAUGCAGCUCAUUGAAGACUUCAGUACACACGUCAGCGUUGACUGGAGUCCUCGCAAAACUGUGAAGAAGACUGCUUCUGAAUUUCCCUGUUUGCCAAAGCAAGUGGCUUGGAUCCUGGCCACCAGCAAGGUUUUCAUGUAUCCAGAGCUACUUCCGGUGUGUUCCCUGAAGGCAAAGAAUCCCAAGCAUAAGAUGACCUUCACCAAAGCUGAAGACAAUUUGUUAGCUUUAGGACUGAAGCAUUUUGAGGGGACUGAGUUUCCUAAGCCACUCAUCAGCAAGUAUCUCCUGACCUGCAAGACUGCCCACCAACUGACGGUGAGAAUCAAGAACCUCAACAUGAACCGAGCUCCUGACAACAUCAUUAAGUUUUAUAAGAAGACUAAGCAGCUGCCUGUCUUACUGAAGUGCUGUGAGGAGAUCCAGCCACAUCAGUGGAAGCCACCGGUGGAGAGGGAAGAACACCGCCUCCCCUUCUGGCUAAAGGCCAGUCUGCCAUCCAUCCAGGAUGAACUGCGCCGCCUGGCUGGUGGUGCGAGAGAGGCAGGCAACGGGACUGGAACCGCUGAGAUCGGCGCAGAACAAGGACUGGAGAAAAACGGAGCAGAGCUGGGAAGUGAAACUCAGUACCCACUGCUGUUGCCCAAAGGUGUAGUCCUGAACCUAAAGCCAGUUGCCAACCGGUUUUCCAGGAAGGCUUGGAGUCAGAAGCGGUCAUCAGUGCUGAAGCCCCUCCUUAUCCGACCUAACCCCUCUCUCCAGCCUGGCUUCAACCCUGGGAAAACUCCAGCCCGGUCAACGCAGUCAGAAGCCCCUCCCAGCAAAAUCGUGCGGAUCCCUCACCUGAUCCAUCCGGCCACUGGCACACCAGCAGUUCCCGGUGUCUCUCCGCUGGGGAUCAAUGGGACUGAUAGUUUUGAUUCGUCGACAGCACUGCCUACUAUGUCCUUGGAGGCCAGGCCCAGCUUCCCUCUGUCUGAUAGCCAGACUGUGCUCUCCUCUGCCCCCGUGCCCAAGAUAAUGCUGCCUUCACUUGGUCCAUCCAAGUUCAGAAAGCCAUGUGUUAGACGGAGAUCCUCAAAGCGAAAGGGUUCCAAGUCUUCUCCCUGUCUGAAAACCGCCCCCUUAAUCUCCCCCCCACCAGUUAUCUUUACUGUUCCUGCCACCACCGUGAAGGUUGUGAGCCUGGGCAGUGGCUGUAACGUGAUCCAGCCUGUUAAUGCAGCUGUGGCCCAGAGCCCCCAGACCAUUCCCAUCACCACCCUCUUGGUUAACCCUACUUCCUUCCCCUGUCCACUGAACCAGCCCCUCGUGGCUUCCUCCAUCUCACCCUUAAUUGUUUCCAGCAACUCUGUGAAUCUUCCUGUACCACCCACCCCUGAAGAUGAGGCCCAUGUGAAUGUGGACAUUGCUUGUCCUUUGGUUGAAGGGCAGAGUGCCUUUCAAAGCCCAGUGCCCAAAUUGGAACCCCAGGAACUAUCUCCUGUGUGUGCAACUGUCUUCCCCAAAGAGGAGCACAGCCCAGGGCCUCCAGUAGCAAACAGAGAAAGCCAGGAAGGACUGUCAGAGAACUGUGCCUAUUGGACUGUUGUGAAAACAGAGGAGGGGAUACAAAUGCUGGAGCCUCUGCCUCCGCGCCUCCAGGAACAUCUGAACUCUGCCCCCGGGGGUCUGGAUGGAACGGUCAAGGUGGAACCUGAAGAUGCCGGGGAGGAAGUCUCCAGUGGACCCCCUGUGCAGGACGUUUGUGAUGGAGUCAAAGAAGAGCACUCCGUGGAAAUGGACAUUGUCUCUGCAGGGGAGGGGUCGAGCAGUGCCAGGGACGUGAAGAAACAGACAGUGAUACGGAAGGAGGGGGAGAAGGGCCCACCAGCUAAAGCCCCUUCAGCCUCUCAGGAGCCUGCUGAUGAAGGGAACUCUGGGGAAGUGAGCAGAUCGCCACAGAAGGCCUUGUCCUCCGUGGACCCUGAAAUGCUGCAUAGCAGCACCCCUGGGAAGCCCGAAGACUCCUCCACCGUCGAUGGGCAGUCAGCGGGGA